GUCAAUGUCAUUUCUUUUUCGACGAAGUGAAGAACGUAACAAAUAGCUCAGCUGGUAUAUCGCUCCUGGUGGCAUCGACUGGCCUACUUGCGUCAAAAUGUGGUACGAAAUCUUACCUUCAGCGGGAAUCAUCCUUACAUUUAUGACCAUCCCUGGCUUCGCCAUGUAUGGUCUCAAUAAACUCGUUCUUGGGAACGGCUACCGGCGAAAUAUGGAUCUUCGAUUCAAUCGCAUGAUGUACCAGCGGGACAUGAGACUGACUGGUGAUCCGUAUAAACAAAAUGGAUUGAAUGCAGUCGAUGGUUAACUAAACUAAUCACUUUAUGUCACUUAAAGAAUUCAUGAGAAUAAAAGCCGAGUAGAAGUACAA